GUUGAAAUGGGAUGUGCUUCUACCAAGUUCCAGUCUUCUUGUCUUUGUAUACUUUCUACAACUGGCCUUCGUACGAUACCUGCUUGCUAAUCUCUACCAGAACAUGCCUUACAGGAAAAGGUACUUACGUACGCCCUCACCAUGAGAGGGGCACCUGAGAAGGGCACUUUCCGAGAAUGAUAAAGCUCGUAACCGUCAACAAAUUCCAAUCGCUAUCAAAUGUCCGUUUAUCCCAGUACUUUCAUUACACCUCUAGCGAUUCCCAAGACCCAGCCUUUACCUGCAACGUAUUGAGCUCCAGGGCUACAUUACAUGACCAGCAUUUGUCAGAAUGACUUCAGAUAUUCAAACACCAAAAUGUCUUUCUACGACAGCGACUCCCAAAGGCCCAGCGGAGCGACAACUCGCAAUCGACACUGUCAAUUGGAGUAGAACCGAAGAUGCCCUCUUGACAUAUUUCUCAGAGCGGAAAUCAUUUCUUUAGUCAUAUAUCCGCUGAUCGCGGCAACAGUUGACCAAGAUCUAAUAAGACUUGAGGAACUAAUAGCCUAGGGUUUGAAUGAAAAGGGUGUAGGAUAAUUCGGAGCCUGUGGGUUCUAGUUUCGAGAGCUGCUAGCUGGCAAAAACGGUAAUCUCGCUAUUAAUAUCCAGGAUUGUGUUACCAGCCAAGGUGGCGACUCAGAAGUUGACAGCAAUGGAAACGACAUCGAUGGGUGGCAUCGCCUACGACAAGACAUUUGACCAAGACUUCACGGUGUUUUAGACUGCGUCUUGAGGCGAGAGAAUGUAUUUAGCAAGCGGGCUUGUAGUCUCCAUCUCUUGCAAUGUCCGCUUUGCCUUCAGACUGGCAGACCUUGUUCAUUACCUCUAGAUCAAAGGAAGUUUAAAUCGAUCAAAAAAUAAUACAAAUAUACGACCCUCAAGUGAUGUCAGUCUGUCAGGGGCUUCGCAAAACGUACUCGCCAAGCGUUGUUGGUUUGACUAUGUGCAGGUGACGGGAAUAAAAGGGAAAGAUGAAAGCAACGUAUGAUAUAACUUCUCUCAUUCGAUUUUGGGAAAUGUUGGCUGUCUGCACCCUGCUUUACCGGCUGAAGACCUGGAUGAAUUCCCAAGGUCCGUGGCUUUUAUCCCGAGCCUUCCAUCUUGUGGUACUGCGCACAGUAGCCAUGUUGCAUUUGUUUUGAAUUGAUCUCAACCCGACUUGAAACUCGAUCGUGACUCUCAACAGAUAUUUCUGGGAGGGCUAUUGUCGUCCAAUUCGGCUGAGCGUCAAGUACCAGCCAUAUUCCAUGCUUUUUUUUUUUUGAACCGAAUCCCUGUAAUUCUCUUUCAAUCUGGUUAAAGAUGCGUCCUCAUCUAUUUUUCUGUUGGAACUUGAAAAGUUCGGAGGAAGACAAUGCCUGCCAAUGCCUGCCAACACACUCCAAGUGGUUUCGGCAUGACCUCCCAAUGUUCGUCUCCUUCUCAAUCAGUUCUGCUAUAAGAAGGAGCUCCUCUCUCCAAAUUGUACUUUUUUCUGAAAACUGCCCAUCCCCUCCUACAAUAGUUCCAGCGACAAUCAGACUCGGUAUAGCUACCACCAUGGCUUUCAAGAACCUCCUUCGAAUGGUCACUGCCCUGAUCGCCAUUCAGAUCGCUGGCUGCUACGUUGUCCCUGCCUCGUCCGCUCCUGAAGUUCCGUCGCUUCUUUCGCCAGCACGUAAGUGUUGUCGUGAAGUAUCGGAAUGCCCUCGGUCAGCGGGCUACCCAUACAUGCGUUGCUGCAGGCGAGCGUCUAGCACAGCUUGUAGCGACGGAAGCCCGUUCAAUACAUUGGGGGAGUGUGUUCAAUCCAAGACAGAUUUCAAAUGCUAGGAAGGGAGAAGUAAUGCCGUAAAAUGUAGCCUGAGGAAGGACUGGGGAAACCAAUAGCAAAGGGAGGGCGGUUGCUACUUUGUCUCGAGAACUUGCGGCGUCCUAGCUAGAUCAAGCCCUGAGAAAAUCGGAACACAAUCAAGGUGCUCCAUUUUACUAAGCACCAUACGAUUCGCUUUCACCAGAUUUACUUUCCAUACUGUAGUCAUGG